CCCUCCGUCCGUGCCGUGCCGCCAUGUCCGGGUGCCUGCUGCCGCUGCUGCUGGUGCUGUGCGCCGCGCUGCCCGCCGGGCUCCGCGCUCAGGGAGGCGUAUUCAUCAAGAAAGAAAAUGCCGACAAGUUCUUGGAAAGAACAAAACGUGCUAACUCUUUCUUAGAGGAAUUGAAGCAAGGGAAUAUUGAAAGAGAAUGCAUUGAGGAGCGCUGCUCAAAAGAAGAAGCAAGAGAAGCUUUUGAAGAUCAGGAGAAAACUGAGGAAUUCUGGAACGUCUAUGUAGAUGGGAACCAGUGCAGUUCAAAUCCUUGUCACUAUGGUGGCCACUGUAAAGAUGGAAUUGGUUCCUACACUUGCACGUGCUUGGAUGGUUAUCAAGGCAAGAACUGUGAAUUUGUCAUCCCAAAGUUCUGCAGAAUAAACAACGGGGACUGUGAGCAGUUCUGCAGCGUCCAGAGAGAUGGGCGGAAGGAUGUGGUGUGCUCCUGUGCAGAUGGGUAUGUUCUAGCAGAGGAUGGCAAACACUGUGUUGCAACAGUAAAAUACCCUUGUGGAAAAGUUUCUGUGGUAAGGAAGAAAAGGUCUGUUCUUUCACCCACUGACCAAGGCAAUGUAACGACUGAUCAGGAAGACCCUCCUCCAUACGAAAUGACCACAGAGGAGAACUUUGUAAUUACCACAGAGGAGAACUUUGUAAUUACCACAGAAAGCCCCACCCCUCCAUCUGACAACAGAACAAGAAGCAAGACUCCGUAUGUCGAUACCAGGAUAGUUGGUGGAGAUCAGUGUCUUCCUGGCCAGUGCCCGUGGCAGGCUGUUCUGUUAAAUGAGGAAGGAGAAGAGUUUUGUGGUGGAACUAUUCUGAAUGAAAAUUUCGUACUUACUGCAGCUCAUUGCAUAAACCAAUCCAAAGAAAUCCAAGUUGUUGUUGGUGAAGUGGACAGAGAGAAGGCGGAGCAGUCUGAAUCAACGCACACUGUGGAUAAAAUAUACGUUCACUCCAAAUUUAUUGUUGAGACUUACGAUAAUGACAUUGCUUUAUUAAAGCUGAAGGAGCCUAUCACGUUUUCAGAGUACGUCAUCCCAGCAUGUCUCCCCAAAGCAGACUUUGCUAAUGAAGUUCUGAUGACGCAGAAGUCUGGGAGGGUUAGUGGCUUUGGGCGGGAAUUUGAAGGCGGUCGAACGUCCAAAAAACUGAAGGUGCUUGAGGUCCCCUAUGUUAAUAGGAACACUUGCAAGCAAUCCACUAACUUAGCCAUAACUGAGAACAUGUUCUGUGCUGGUUAUCACACAGAGCAAAAGGAUGCUUGCCAAGGAGACAGUGGUGGCCCCCAUGUGACCAGAUACAAGGAUACUUAUUUUGUUACUGGAAUUGUUAGCUGGGGUGAAGGAUGUGCAAGGAAAGGCAAAUAUGGGGUCUACACCAAACUGUCCCGGUUCCUGCGCUGGGUAAGGACAGUCAUGAGUUUGUAGUGGUGCUGUGUCCCUUGAUCCUCCUUGUUACCUGCCAAGGUGCAGGAUUGGAAAUGGAAACUUUCUUUUCCUGAACAUCUGCUAAGUUGGUUUUGACAUCUCCUUAAAGUUAUGGUCUGCUUCCAUUUGUAUUGUUCCUGGCUUUAAACACCUCUGAGGAAAGUCAAGGUGUUUGGAAUUGGUUGAAUGAGGGAAUUCCCCAAUCCAAAAGGCUGCUGAGUGGGGUCUUUGGCUUCUUUUAAUUACUUAUCAAUGGCCAUUGUGGUUCCUAUCAGUUGUCAAGAGUGCUCCAACCAGAGACUUCUAAACAUAUUCUGAAGAGUCACUAGCCAUGAUGAAAGCAGGAAGGAUGGGAGUCACUAAAUCCUCAUAUUGCAGCCAUCUGGCUCAGCAGGGAGUUUAUCCAUACUGGAGUUGUUUAGCUUCUACCUUGAGAUGUGUUCAGAAGAUGAAGGGAGCAGGGGAUCUUGCAUGGUAACAGCUGAGACACAAUUAAUCAAUAUGUGAUGCUAAAUAAUCACAGCAGCUCGUUAAAAAGGGGUUUUGCUUUAUAAGUAUGUAUUUUAGUUCACUCUAGUUUAAUUUGUACACUCUGCUCAUCAGAAUAUAUAUACAUGUGCAUAUUCAGUGUUUUCUGUAUCUUGUUCUGAAUUGUGUAUGGCUGAGGAUUGGAAAGCUCCUUGCAUGUGUAUUGUUCUAGAUGGUUUCAGUUAGGUGCAAUAUUGAUGUACACCAGCAUUUGAAAUAAAACAUUCUUUCUUUUUUUUUU